AUGCAGUUUGGUACUGAAACUAUACCUCGUUUCUCAAUGUGUGGUUUUUUUUCUUCUUUUAUUUCCCCCUCGUCAUCAUCGUUCAUCAACUUCUCCCCACCGACGUGCAAGUUCCUUAAGCCUAGGCAACAUUUACAACCCGUCAAUGUACAAGCCGCCAUUAGUUGGGGUGCCGUCGCGGCUAUCAACGCUCUUUGGCUCAUCCAGCCUUUCUAUUGGUUUAAGAAGACCUUUCUGGAGAAACCAAAGUUGAAGUAGAAGCAAACAA